AUGUCUGAUGUACUUAAAUAUUUGUUAAACUCCAACAGUAAAAUAACUAAUCAAUCUACAAAGUUACCUCCAUUAUCCAUAACAGAAUCAAUAAGGAAUUCACCAAAAAAUAAAAGAUCAAGAAUAUAUUCCUUAAAUCAAGAUAUUACUUAAUAUGAAACUUCUAGAAUAGAUUUAACAUAAUAAAUUGAGAAUGGAGAUUAUACAUUUAAGGAAGUAACUUAAUAAUCUACAGCAAAAUAUCCUAAAUUGAGAAUGCCAGAAUAGACUGACAGAUCAAUAGAACCAAGUCCUUCUCUUUAAUCAAAUAAAACACUUAAGGUAAUUCAAAAAUGAAUAGAAGUUUAAAUAUCCUUCAAUGCUAGAGUCAAUCAGAUAUAAAAAACAAAAUUAUCUAAGCUUAUAUCUUGAAGAGAAUAUCUAACUAUUUAAUGAAGUUAUCAAAAAGAAAGAUCUAGAGAAACUUAUAUUAUUUUUAAAUUAUCCAAUCUAAUAUUCUUAAGAAUUAAAUGUAAACUUUGUUAUAAUAUAAAUUUAGUAACUUAAAUUAUUUAGUGAAUUAUUGUUUUUUGUAGCUUAUUUUGCUAAUACAAUUAUAUCAUUAAAUAAAGCAUCAUAUUUAUUAAAGGAUUGUUUAAAAGUAUCAGAAUUAAAUAGAGAUCAUAUCUUAAAAAUAAAAAUUCUAAUUUAAUUUUAUCUUAUUGCCAAACAGUAUCAAUAUUAUUAUUAUUCAUUUUUUUAGAUUAAAAUAAUAUGAAUAAGCCCGCAAGUUUAUACAAAAAGCAUUAAAUUAUGCAUGGGCUGAUAAUCUUGAAGAUUAUGAAAUAGAUUGUUAUGAUAAAUUAGGAAUGUGUUAUUUUUAUAUGGGUAAUAUUAAUAAAGCUAAUCAUUUUCACUCUAAAUGGGCUAAAUGUGAUAUUGAACCUAAAAAUUCUUAUUAUAGAUUAACAUCUAAAGAUUUUAUUAAAUUAUAUGAAAAAUAAUUACCAAUUUGUAAAGAAUUUGAUGAUAUAAUUUAAAGAUAUCUUCAUGUUCCAUUUAUUAAUAUCAAAACAGGUUAAAUGUUUGAUUCAUAAUCAACUAUUAAAUAUAAUAAUUGUAUUGCUCAAUCAAUAAUUGAUUAGAUUUUAUAAGGAACAGAUUUUCUAUAAUAUUAAAUUGAAUAUCAUUAUAUUGAUAUUAAUGCUAAAUAACAUUUAAAUAAAGCAGCAUUACCUAGAAGAGCUGUAGAAAUAAUGUCAAAAUAUGAAAAAAAUAAUGACAAAUAUAUAUUUGAUCAUAAAAUUCAUGAAAAUCCUAUCUAUAAAUUAUCAUUAUAGGAUAGAGUUAAUUAUAGAAAAACUAAAUCUUAUUCACUUGAUUAAGUAGCUAAAAAUAUAAGAAAAUUUAUUGCUGAACAAAGAGAACCAUUUUAAAAAAGUGAUAAAGUUUAUGUUAAAGAUUCUUAAAGAAAAGAUCUUAUUCCCUAAAAUGCAAAUUAAUUAUCAAUAAGUUUUAAAAAGAUGUUAUAGAAUAUCAUUAAUUUAGAAUGA